AAUGUUGACAUGAUGUUCUGGUUAAAAGUAUCUGAUGCUUAGAAUAUAGCAAAAUUGGUAAUUGAAAAAAUGGGUAUUAUUGAAAUAUUUGAAUCUCGCGUACCAUGCUUAUCAGAUAUUUUAGAUCUACAGAGAACCUGUCAAAAACAGGAGCUGAAGUUUUCUCCAGACACCAAUCGAUAUUUGCUGUAUCUCACACUGAAGAAAGUGGGGCCAUUUGUUGCACAAAAGCUUGUCAGUAAAUUGGUAGAAAAAGGAGAAAUAAAAUGGGAUGAUGAUGAUAACUGGGAAGUGGAGAGAAUCCUGGAUCAUGUGGAAGAAGAGGGCAAAGAUUUCUACCUCAUAAAAUGGAAAGGUUGGAGCAAUGCAUAUAAUUCCUGGGAACCCAAAGACAAUUUGUCAUGUGAAGACUUACUGGUGGAGUUUAAAGAAUUCCAGGCCAAAGGAAGAAAACGUAGAAUCGUGGAUUCAGAGGACGAUCUUGCACCCAAUCCUAAGCGUAACCGAGUAGAUGAAAUCUUCCACAAGCUAGCACCGGUCAGGGACACUUUGUCCCCAAUAGGGCUCAUGUCAUUAUCUAGUCCCACCAAGAAAGGAAAGAGGCCAGUAUACAGAGGAAUAAAUGGGAAUUAUGGAGAGUCUAGAUUUAUACCACGCAGAGCAGCGGCGCCAGGAAUGAAGCAGCUGAAUCCAAGGUCCAAAUUCUACAAACAGAAGAGAAUCGAGGUUCAGAGAGCCUUGAAAGACUGGGAAAGACAUUUGAAUGGAAUCAAUACGGACCCUGCCGGGAUCGUAGUAGAAAAUCUAGUAGACCUAGAGGGGCCCCCCGAAAACUUUGUGUAUAUAAACGACUACCGUUCAGGCGAGGGGAUCACUAUUCCUGAUGACCCAAUUGUAGGGUGUGAAUGUGAGGACUGUCAUAGCAGUCAAAAAACAUGCUGCCCCUCACAAUGUGGUUCAAUGUUUGCAUAUUAUAAGAAGAAAAGACUACGAGUCAUGCGAGGGACGCCUAUAUAUGAAUGUAAUAAGAGAUGUAAAUGUGGAUCGGAAUGUCCAAACAGAGUGGUACAGAAAGGAAGGAAGUUCAAAGUGUGCCUGUUCCGUACAGCCAAUGGCAGAGGUUGGGGCGUCAAGACACUGCAGAAAAUAAAGGAGGGGUCCUUUGUCAUAGAAUAUGUCGGAGAAGUAAUCACUGACAAGGAAGCUGAGCGCCGAGGUAAGCAGUAUGAUGCUGUGGGUAGGACCUACCUCUUUGAUCUGGAUUACAACCCAGGAGAUUGUCCCUUCACUGUGGAUGCUGGCUACUAUGGCAAUGUCUCUCAUUUCAUCAAUCAUUCAUGUGACCCAAACUUGGAAGUGUUUGCUGUGUGGAUAAAUACUCUAGACCCCCGCCUACCUCGCAUUGCUUUGUUCUCCAAGAGGGACAUAGAAAAAGGAGAAGAACUUACAUUUGAUUACAUGAUGACUG